CUCCCCAUGUCAUAGGGAACUCGGCGGACGUAACAGCUGUGAGUGCGUCUCACUGCUUAUCGCUCUUUUUUUAAACAUUAAAUAGUUUGGACAUAAACGCACAUUCAAUAAACAAAAUAAAAAUAAAGCAAUAUUCCGCAAGCACCGUUUUAGGAAGUGUGUAAAAACAAAUGGCUGGUGGUGGAGACCCGAAAUGGCAGAAAGAUGCUUCGGAUCAGAAUUUCGACUACAUGUUCAAACUCCUCAUCAUUGGCAACAGUUCUGUAGGAAAAACCAGUUUUCUAUUCCGUUACGCGGAUGACUCAUUCACAUCAGCAUUCGUAUCGACGGUGGGGAUCGAUUUCAAGGUGAAGACGGUCUUUCGCCACGACAAACGAGUUAAACUUCAGAUAUGGGAUACUGCGGGACAAGAGCGUUACCGGACUAUUACAACGGCAUACUAUCGAGGAGCCAUGGGUUUCAUCCUCAUGUACGAUAUCACCAAUGAGGAGAGUUUCAACAGCGUACAAGAUUGGGUAACGCAAAUAAAGACGUAUUCGUGGGACAAUGCGCAAGUGAUCCUGGUGGGUAAUAAGUGCGACAUGGAAGAGGAGCGUGUGGUGAGCGCGGAGCGUGGCCGGCAGUUAGCUGAGCAACUAGGCGUCGAGUUCUACGAGACCAGUGCUAAGGAGAACAUCAAUGUUAAGUCUGUGUUCGAGCGCCUGGUGGACAUAAUCUGCGACAAAAUGUCAGAAAGCUUGGACUCUGAGCCUGCCAUGCUUGCCGGAGGAGCCCGCGGCCAGCGCCUCACGGAGCAGCCGCAAGGGAACCAAAACAGCAACUGUAACUGUUAAUGUACUGUCAAUUUUAACUGGGCUAUGGCUUGUGAAGGAGCUGUUGAAUCUGUAGCGUCUAGCACUCGUGGUAGACGCAGUGACGCGGUCCUAAAACUAAUAAGUCAAUAUAAUAUCAUCGUGCACAAAAUCCAAUUUGUAUUGAGCCGAUAUAUUACGAGGUGUCUGGCGACCGCUUAUUCGUUUGCCUGUUAAAGCAAACAUUUAUUUUGACUCAUCUAGAAGUUAUCGAUCAGAAUGUACUUAACUCUCACGACCUUGUUCAGGCAAUAGGGCCAAUCAAUCACUCGUUAGUUUUGUUUCAUAUGAUUCAUAUCGUUAGCAUUAUUUUAGCGCCGUUGUACAUUAUCUGAUUCUGUAAAGGUUUUUCGUAUACACAUAUUCUGCUGCGAGUGCUUUGUCGGCUGAGUUCUUUAAAGCUACCUCCAAAAAGUAAACCAAUAUUAAGGAGAGAAUAAAUAAAAUAUAGUUAAUUUUAAAAAUCAAUGUUAUACAUUUCUGUAUUCCUAAAUUGAAAUAAAUAACCCCCUUACGGUUCCAUAAUUAUGACGUUUUUAACCACUACAUAAUUUGUCACAAGACAUAUUAGAUUUUAACACUUACAAGUACCAUAGAUUUAACACUUAUUUGAACGAAAAAUAUUAUUAUUACAAAUAUUAAAACAUAUGUGUAUCUAUAUAAUAUAAUUGAUUAUCUAUAGGUGUUAGGUAGCUAUAUCUAUUGUGAGCUGGAGUAGGGAUCUGAUACUUCAUAGAGCUAGUUGUUAACCACCUUCAAUAAGUUUUGCUCUCGUUGACUAUGUCUAGCUGUUUAUGUUUAGCUUGUAUUAAAUGUUGUGUAUGGCUAAGUAACAUUGUUUUUAAUGUUAUAAAAAUUAAAAACGGGAAUAAAACAAUUAUGGAUUUGAUAAUCGUGUUAUAUUAACAUCAAUCACUACCUAAAUCAACUGAUUGCCUAUCCGCUUGGGGCAAUAAGCGUGACUCCUAAUACAGUCCGGUACAGUCAGGAACCGUGUAUUAUCAUCAUCAUCAUGAUGAUGAUAAUGAUGAUAAUACACGGUGGUUCAUUGUACUAUGGACAAAUAUUAAACCCAUAAUUUUAUUGUAACUUGCAUUUAAAGUUUAGCAAAUCUUAGUAAACAUGCUCAUUUUUUCAACCAGUAUUCAUUUGGCGCCAUGAGCAUAGCUACUUUAUUCAAUAUUUAAGUAAGUAUAUAUAAGUUGCUAAAUAAGUUGUUGACUUCGUUGUAGCUAAAAUUUAUUUUGGCCUGCUAUCUAAUCGUAAAUCGGGUACACAUUGCUUGUACUUAGCGUUCACUUUGUAAAUACGUUAACCAGUGUAUAAAAUAAACUACUGUAUAGUAUUAUAUCUACGUACUAUAUAAAUCUGUUUGUAUUCUUGUUACUACGCUAUGUUAAUACUAAAUAUAGGUGUUUGUUUAACCACUAUCGUUAGGAUGAGACAUGUUUUAGUUGUAUCCUUUAAUUUCAUUGCAUAAUUUAUAUUAACUAAAACCGUCUAUAACGACUGCAUAUGCUUAAUAAAUAUAUAAUGUGUACUCUUUAAAAUUGUAGAGUACAGAUCUGAUUUUUCAAUUACAAAAUAUCUAAUACAUUACAUACCUAACAAGACAAAGCAUAUUGAACAACUCACUUUUUAUUUCUCGAGUUGUGCAUCAUUCAUAGUUAUUCGUCUUUAAUAUUACAUAAACUUUUUAGUGUCUGUUUUAUAACAAGUUUUCUUAUACCGUACUUACUCACAUAUUAUUGUCGUUAUGGGCGGAUCCCACAGUAUUGUGUAGGUAUAUGUAUUCGGCGUGUUUCCGUCAUGUGAAAAUUACAACUAGGUGUAUCUGUAGACGACAUAGACAAUACGAUUUAUAUCAAGUUAUGUUGAAACAUGAGCACAUUUAUUUUUUAGAUACUAAUCAUGUAAUGUUUAGAUAUUAAUUAAGAAUGUCAUAAUUUUUUUUAUGUGGUCAAACCGAACUAUUAAUAAUACGUACUUACUUCAUUAGAUGACUAUAUUUCGAUUGCUUGAAAAAGCGAUUGGUAAAAAAAACAUAUUAUUUCAUCAAAUUUAUUGAAAGUACAAUAGAGAUUGUCUAAAGCAGAAUUAAAUUUACUAAAAAACUAUUAUGCAAGCUAUGAUGCUUAUGAAUUAUCAAUAAAAAAAUCAUUAUAUUUUUAACAAGGUGCGCCAUCAGUUUGAACCACCUGAGUUUAAAAAAAUAUAAUAAAAAAUAUAAUAUAUAUUGUAAAUUUGACUAAAUCAAUUACUUACCAACAAACUACGACAGGAAAGGGCAUCAAAAGAAAUUUAAAGCAGUGGGAGAUGUUUUUUUUUGACAGGCUGCAUAGCAUGAAACCUAUUAGGAAACCUACCAGAGUGAACAUUUUUGACCUUCUCGUCAUUUUGAAGGUGAAAAAAAAACUGUACCUAUGGAUAUAAUUUCCAUAUGUCUAAUGCGUGGCGUGGCCAGUGGAAAUGGGCUUAAAAUAACAGUAGACGUAUCGUAUCUAGCAGUGUGUGUGUCCUAUAGCAGGGCGUGAAAGAGGCAUAUCGUAGUGACAGGCUUUAGUAGAUUGUGUUGAUUAGCAAAUACUAUUUAAACCAUCAAAUUUUCACUAUGUUUAAGUAUUAUUUACAGAAUACAUAAACAAACAUUUUUUCUACAUUGUAUCAUACAAAUUUUGGUUCGAUAAGCUGCUGGAAAGAAUUAAACUAAUUAUAUUCAUAAUUGUAUGUUAUAUAAUAUUUGUUGUGUGUUAAAUUAAAGGAAUUAUUUAAAGAUACACCCGUGUAAAAGAUUCACGAAUAUAAUUAUAUAAAUUAUUAAAUAUUCAGAUGUUUC